AUGGAAAACCAAACAUUCAUAGAGGAAUUCAUUUUCCUGGGCUUUUCAAACCAUCCUGAUCUCCAGGUUCUAUUCUUUUUAAUAUUCUUAACAAUCUACGCGAUUACCCUGGUGGGAAAUACUUUAAUACUAAUCGUGAUCAGAACUGAUUUGACCCUUCACACACCUAUGUACUAUUUCCUAAGCAAUCUCUCAUUUAUAGAUAUUUGUUACUCCUCUACCACAGUCCCUGUUAUGCUGGUUAAUUUCUUCCGAGCGAGAAAAACAAUCUCAUAUGUUGGAUGCAUUGUCCAGCUGUUCUUCCUCAUUACUUGUGCAGGAACAGAAUGUGUGCUGCUGGCUGUCAUGGCGUAUGACCGAUACGUGGCCAUCUGUAGCCCCUUGCAUUAUUCUAGCAUCAUGAGCAAAAGAGCUUGCAUGAAAAUGGCGGCAUUCUCCUGGUUCUGUGGCUUGACAAAUUCACUGGUGCACACUCUUCUCACACAGUCUUUGAACAUCUGCAAGUCCAAUGAGCUCAGCCACUUCUUCUGUGAUGUCCCUUUGCUGCUGAAGCUCUCCUGCUCAGACACAUCAGUCAAUGAAGCUGUGCUCCAUCUCGCCAGUGCCUUGAUAGGACUCAGUCCCUGCCUCUUCACUCUGGUCUCCUAUGUCCGCAUCAUCAGUGCAGUCCUUCAGAUCAGUUCUGCCAGGGGUAGAGCCAAAGCAUUCUCCACCUGUACUUCUCAUUUGAUCGUUGUUGUCAUAUUCUAUGGAACUGCCAACUUCAAUUAUAACAGGCCCAGUUCAGGGUACUCCCUGGAUAUUGAUACUUUGGUUUCCUCACUAUAUUGCAUUGUCACACCCAUGUUAAACCCGAUUAUCUACAGCCUGAGGAAUAAAGAGGUGAAGGCUAGCCUGGUGAAAUCUCUGCAAAUAAAAAGGAAGGAUUGA